AGUGAGCCCCGCGCCCGCCUUUCGCGGCUGCUGGAACGCCCUGCGCGCCUUUUGGGAGGCUGGGCUGGUUGGGCUCGCCCGGGAACAGCUGCCGGUUUGCGCUCUACUCCCUGCCUCUGCCCUGUGCAAGCCGAGCCCCUGCUGUCGGCCGGGAGUCCCAGAACCUGCAAAAUAUCUAUUUUGGAGUUUAAAGUAUGUCAUCAUGGCAAAGUUUCGGAGAAGGACUUGCAUCAUUUUGUCACUUUUCAUUCUACUUAUUUUCUCACUGAUGAUGGCUUUAAAAACUCUAAGACCAAAUACAGCUACUUUUGGAGAUCCUUUUGGACUUGACCUUCUGCCAGAAUUUCGACAACAAGUUAUUCACUUGGAGAAAAAAAAUGAUUCCAAAAAGAGUGACAAAAUCAACAGUGAAACAAAUACCAAGAAUUUAAAAAGUGUAGAAAUCACCAUGAAACCUUCCAAACCGUCUGAACUUAGCCUGGAAGAACUGCCACCUCUGAAUUAUUAUUUGCAUGUAUUUUAUUACAGUUGGUAUGGAAAUCCACAAUUUGAUGGUAAAUACAUACAUUGGGACCAUCCAGUCCUGGAGCACUGGGACCCUCGAAUAGCCAAGAAUUAUCCACAAGGGAGACAUAGUCCCCCAGAGGAUAUUGGCUCUAGCUUUUACCCUGAGUUGGGAAGUUACAGCUCUCGGGAUCCUUCUGUCAUAGAAACCCACAUGAGACAAAUGUGCUCAGCUUCAAUUGGUGUGCUUGCCCUGUCUUGGUACCCACCUGAUUCAAAGGAUGAGAAUGGAGAACCUACUGAUGAUUUGGUACCGACUAUUUUGGAUAAAGCUCAUAAAUAUAACCUGAAGGUCACAUUUCACAUAGAACCAUAUAGCAAUCGAGAUGAUCAAAGCAUGUAUGAAAAUGUCAAAUACAUUAUAGACAAAUACGGGAAUCAUCCGGCCUUUUACAGGUACAAGUCUAGGACCGGCAAUGCUCUUCCUAUGUUUUAUGUCUAUGAUUCCUAUAUCACAAAGCCUGAAAAAUGGGCCAAUCUCUUAACUACCUCAGGGUCUCAGAGUGUUCGCAAUUCUCCUUAUGAUGGAUUGUUUAUUGCACUUCUAGUAGAAGAAAAACAGAAAUUUGAAAUUCUUCACAGUGGUUUUGAUGGGAUUUACACAUAUUUUGCCACAAAUGGCUUUACUUACGGCUCAUCACAUCAGAACUGGGCUAGCCUAAAAGCUUUUUGUGAUAACUACAACUUAAUAUUUAUCCCAAGCGUGGGCCCAGGGUACAUCGACACUAGCAUCCGUCCGUGGAAUGCGCACAACACGCGGAACCGAGUGAACGGGAAGUAUUAUGAAACUGCUCUGAGUGCUGCCCUUCAGACCCAUCCCAGUUUAAUUUCUGUCACUUCUUUUAAUGAGUGGCAUGAAGGAACUCAGAUUGAAAAAGCUGUUCCCAAAAGAACAAGUAGUACUGUCUACCUGGAUUACCGACCUCAUAAACCAGGUCUUUAUCUAGAACUAACUCGCAAGUGGUCUGAAAAAUACAGUAAGGAAAGAGCAGCUUACGCAUCAGAUCACCAGCCACCUGUUUCUUAAUGCAUUGCUUAAAGUUUAAUCGUUAUUGAAAACACCGAAUUCCAAUAAAUGCCUUUUGUUUUGAGUUAUGGAAAGAAAACUAUCAGAAUCAGGAUGCACUGUUACUGUAAUCUUUAAUAAAAAUAAUUUGUAUUUUUUUAAAGAAAUAAUAACAUUGUCAUUGCCACCCUUCACAAUGCUGCACUGAGAAAACAUCUGAGAGAAAAGUCGUGCAAACGACAUUCCCUGUGGCAUAAUUUGCUGCAUUUCUGAUUGAAAUUGAAAUUCUGCUUUGAUGGCAAUUUAGUAUUGAUUUCACUGUGGAUGAAUCGCUGUGUUACAGUUUAAAUCCUACUUGCAUCCUGGGCCCAAAGAAGUAGGACUGUGUACAUUUGGUUUACCUGUUUAAGAAAAAAGGCCUAAAAGAGCUAAUGAUUUUGUGAUAGUGUACAUGUUCUAUUUCUAAUCUUUUUUCAAUGUAUCAGUCAUCUUUAUGGUAUUAAUGUUCAGACUCUAAUAACUCUCCAAUAGUGAUGAACCUUUUAAGAAAAAUAUAGUUGUAUACCUUAAGCCUUACUGUGAACCAUCCUGUGUUAGGAAGGCCUGCUUUCUGCAGCACAAUAUGUAUGCAUCAUCGUUUGCAGACUUUUGGUUACCUAGGUGACUUGCAUGUUUAGUGUUUCUGCUUUAGUCUGCUGAAUUCCAGAUUUUAAAAGCUGUGGAAAGUACUUUCAUAAAAAUUAAUGAUUGCUUCCCAAUUAUUAGGAAAACAUAAUUUUUGCCACAAUUAUGGAGCUAUAAUGCCCCAAAUACUUAGUUAUUUUUUAUAGGUUACCUUGUCAGUCCUUAACUGUUAGUGUUUAUGUCUUUAAAUUCAAUCUUAAUCAGAGACCAACUGUUAGAUACAGAAGAAAAAGUUGAUACUCUUUAGAUUGGAUUUCUUUCUUAUAAUGUUUUAAGUUUCUUUACCAAAAAUAAUGAAAAAAAUAUACUCACCAUUUUAGAUUUUAUUUUGUGUUAUAGUCAAAUUCACUCUAGAAUUUGGCCUUUGCUUAAGUUUAAUGUGUAAUAAUGAUGAGAAUAAUAUUUAUAAGACAAUACUUUAAAUGUUUGUAUAUCCUGAUAUCCACAUUUUAAAACACCUGUGAUCAAUAAUUGUUUGUCAUGUGGUAACAAAUUAAUCACCUUUAUGCUAAAAAUGAAUUUCUUAACUUUACUGUUAAAACUACACAAUAACAAAAUGUACUCUUAUUAUAGCUAAUAUUUGUACCUAAGUACAGUAAAAAUCUAAUAUAUAUGCUAUUAUGUAAAUAUUAUUUCUUAGAUAUUUAAUUCUAAAGGAGAAGCAAUAGAAUAAUGCUAAUCAAUAACAUAAAUCUUCAUAGUAUAAAGACAUUUGUUAAGAAACAAAUUAACACUGGAAUUUAUCUUAAAAUGGCCCAUCAAAUGAUGAAAUUUAUUUUUAAACAGCGAUUUUGAAGUAAAUAGUAUGCUUUUUAAAAGAGACACAUUAAUGUUAAAGUUUUUUAUAAUUUAACAAUUUGCCAUUUCUUAGAGAACGAUCAGGCCACAGGAAAUUUGUAUGCUAGUUAUAAUCUGAUGACUUUCUAGGGGAAAUUUUAAGAAUAAAUCACUAUGAUGACAUUUUGAUACAACCAAGCAUUUUUAUAGGAUCAAUCAUACAAAUAGAGCCUGUGGAUUUUUUUUUAUUUUAUGCAGUUAGCCACUAUAUGAUAUUUUAGAGAUAAACUCUAAAUGUAUCAUACCUAACAAUCUUUUAUAAAAUAUCAUAUUUAUUGAAAUUUAGUUAGAACUGUCUACUACAGAGGAAUUUUCAUCAUUGUCUGUGUUGUACAUUUGAACCCCCAUGAUAGAAAAUUAAUUUAUAAAACAGUUUUGAGAUUAAGAGAAAAUGUAUAAAGAUAGGGCCAGCAAAUCCUCAACAUGAAUACACCACUCUUUCUAUCCUGCUCCCAUUAAACAAAUAGAUCAUCCCUUAUGGCACACUUUACUUCUGAACUUUGUCGUGUUUUCUGAACACAUUACUCCAAUCAGUCAGUAGCAAUCAGUAGCAUUUCCAAAUAAGAUAAAACACAUUGUCUUGAUUGCAGAAAGUUAUUCAUCAAGGAGAAGCCUGGUGGUACGUGGAUUAAGUGCAGUGCUGCCAACCAAAAGGUCAGCAGUUCAAACUCACCAGUGGCUCUGCAGGAGAAAAGACCUGGUGAUCUGCAACCAUAAAAAUUUCAGCCUAGGAAACCCUACAAGGCAGUUCUACUCUGUCCUAUAGGAUCACUAUAAGUUGGAAAUGACUUGAUGGCACACAACAACAAGGUUCUUCAGGGGGAAAAUGUUUGGAAUCUGGUCUCAGUGGUUUAUAAUGAUUAUGAAUAUCAUUUUUUUUCUUUUUAAAACAAUUAUUAGGAAAAACUAUCUCUAAUAAUUCUGUUAACUCUUAGGGAGGAAUGCUUCCAAAGUCUCCCUCAGUUACUAUUUGACUUGUAACACAGUUUUGAUCAUAAGUAAUUAAGAGCAAAGAAUUUAUAUCUUAAUUAUAAAGGCUGUAGGUUUGAAUUCAGUAUACUAAAAAAAUGUUAAGACAAAGGGUAAGUGAUAUAUGCAAUGCAUGAAUCAUAAUGGAUUCAUUUAUAAGUUAUUCAUCUUUAUGGUUUAAUCAGUCUAAUUGCUUCGGGUGUAUAGAAACCAAAUCUUUACUGCUCCCCUUAAGGACGAAUAUUGUCAAAAAACUGCUGUUAUUGAUGGUUAGCUAAGUUGUAUGUUAACUUUUGUUUUCCCGUUUUCUUUAAGAGUGUAUACUGAAACAUAGUAUGACUAUUUUGUUAUAUGGAAUAAAUUUUGAUCUAAUAAAA